CUCUCACCUCCCUCUUUGACCGCCGAAAACGUUGAAUUCAACGCGCAAACGUGGAACAUUUAUAGAACGUCUUCUCCAACGUUGACGUAGUCAGUUUGAAUUGUUGACCUGUGUAGUGUUCAGGUGGAAUUUUAUAAAUAAAUUGCAACAUGCCCAUUGAAUUGCAAACCGAGGACCGCCUCGAAUACACCUUCUUCCCUAACGCCUCCGGCCUCCUCCAAUUCCGCGUUCGCGCCCCCAACGAUGCCCACAUCGCCCUCAGCCCCUCCGCCUCCGAGGCCACCCCCAUGUACGAAGUCUUCAUCGGCGGCUGGGGCAACUCCAAAUCCAUAAUCCGUAAGAACCGCAGCAAACCCGACGUCGCCGAGGCCAGCACUCCCGGCUUCCUCAACCCCGACGAGUUCCGCGGCUUCUGGAUCCGCUGGGAUAACGGCCACAUCUCCGUAGGUCACGAGGGCAACGCCGCCCCCUUCCUCGAAUGGCGCGACUAUGAGCAAGUCCCCAUCGAGUACAUCGGCGUGUGCACGGGUUGGGGCGCCACCGGCUCCUGGAUCAUCGAGGAGGCGCGCGGCGGGGCCCCCUCAAUGGGCGGUCGCGGAAACUUCUCCAAUGUAUGCUGGGUGGCCGCACGCAACGGCGAGGUGCCCCCAAGGGCUUUCGCCGGUGGUGAAGACAACGGCGAGCCAAUUUAUGUCGCGAGAGCUAACUUCAACGGGGGGCUUAUUCCCGGCAAGCUGCUGGCAAGCCACGGCACAGCCUACGUCCCCUGGGGCGGGCAAGAGAACGGCGUCGCCGAGUACGAGGUGCUGUGCGACUUCCCCGGGAACUGGGUCGCCUGCAGCGGGGCAAAUAUCCCACCGAAUGCGGUUACUGCGGGACAGAGCGAAGACGGGGAGCCAUUGUAUGUGGGCAGGGUGGUCCAUGAUGGGUCGCUCACGGUCGGAAAGGUGCAACCCAGUCACGGGGUGGUUUAUAUUGCGUAUGGUGGGACCGAAUUAGGGUUCCAGGAUUACGAAAUUUUGGUACAAUAAAAGGACUGAUGGAUGUGUUUGUUAAUCGCUUUAAAGUUUUGCUGCCUAGGAAUUCGAUCCAGCAUAAAUAAAAUGUUAUUUACGUUUAUAUAACGCUAGACUGCACCGUUGUGGCUUCUAGGUGCCUUAUAAUUAUGUGUACCGAUAGGAACUGUAUUAUUUUUGUAUAAUGGAAACGGUCUCGAAAUUUAUUAUUUCGUAAAAGUGGCUGAUUUGGUUAGUGCCACUUUAAUAUAAUUUUUUAAGUCUAUAAUGUAAUAAAAAGAAUAAAAUUUCUAUUUAUCAUC